AGGCGAGGCGCAUGGCGUGACGUAAAGCGAGGCGCGCGGGGCGGUGCCCGGAAGCGGAAGCGAGUCGGUCGGCGUUUGGGCUGCGGAAGCGGCGGGCGGAGGCCGCGGUGUCGGUUCUGAGGGGGACGGCGAAGGGAAGGGAGCUGAGCGGAGCGGAGCGGAGCUCCACCGCCGGCAGCCGCGGGCCCACGCUCUCUCCUGCAAUUUCCUCUCUCCCCGCUCCGCUAUGGCGAGCAUCUCCAACAACCUGCAGAAAGCAAUAGACCUCGCUAACAAGGCAGCACAAGAAGAUACAGCAGGAAAUUAUGAGGAAGCCUUCCGCUUGUACCAACAUGCUGUGCAGUAUUUUCUCCAUGUUGUUAAAUAUGAAGCACAGGGUGAUAAAGCAAAACAGAGCAUUAGAGUGAAAUGUGCAGAAUACUUGGACAGAGCAGAAAAGCUGAAAGAAUAUCUGAAAAAGAAACAAAAAACUGCACCAAAGCCAGUUAAAGAGUCUGGUCCUACUGAUGGAAAAGGGAAUGACAGUGAUGGUGAAGAAGAGUCAGAGGAUCCUGAAAAAAAGAAGCUACAGAAUCAACUUCAAGGAGCAAUUGUUAUGGAGCGACCAAAUGUCAAAUGGAGUGAUGUUGCUGGUCUCGAAGGUGCCAAAGAAGCACUUAAAGAAGCAGUCAUCUUGCCUAUUAAGUUUCCACACCUGUUUACAGGAAAGAGAACACCCUGGAGAGGGAUUCUUCUGUUUGGACCACCAGGAACGGGAAAGUCUUAUUUAGCAAAAGCUGUGGCAACAGAAGCAAACAACUCUACCUUCUUCUCAGUAUCUUCCUCUGACCUUGUCUCAAAGUGGUUGGGUGAAAGUGAAAAAUUAGUGAAAAACUUGUUCCAGCUUGCCAGAGAAAACAAGCCUUCUAUUAUCUUCAUUGAUGAGAUAGAUUCCCUCUGUGGGUCGAGAAGUGAAAAUGAAAGUGAGGCUGCUAGACGGAUAAAAACAGAGUUUCUAGUCCAGAUGCAAGGGGUUGGUGUUGACAAUGAAGGAAUCUUGGUGUUAGGCGCGACAAACAUACCCUGGGUUUUGGAUUCAGCUAUCAGGAGAAGGUUUGAGAAGCGUAUUUAUAUUCCUUUACCUGAAGACCAUGCCAGGGCUGCAAUGUUCAAGCUUCACCUUGGUUCAACUCCAAAUCUCCUAACAGAAUCAGAUUAUCGGGAGCUUGGAAAGAGAACUGAGGGCUAUUCCGGUGCAGAUAUAAGUAUCAUUGUACGUGAUGCGCUGAUGCAGCCUGUAAGAAAAGUGCAAUCAGCUACUCACUUUAAAAAAGUAAAAGGACCAUCACUGUCUAAUCCAAAUGUGAUGGUAGAUUUGUUCACGCCUUGCUCUCCAGGUGAUCCUGAAGCCAUAGAAAUGACAUGGAUGGAGGUUCCAGGUGAUAAAUUACUGGAGCCUCAGGUUUCCAUGGCCGAUAUGCUACGGUCACUAUCAAGUACAAAACCAACAGUUAAUGAACAGGACCUGGAGAAGUUAAAGAAGUUUACAGAAGACUUUGGUCAGGAAGGCUAAACCAAAGAUAUAUGUGGCGCAUUAGAACUUUUCUUGCUUUCUUAAGUAUUCUUGUCUCUUUAUUGAUGGCACUUCAAAUAAAUGCCAAUAAAAUCACUCCUUUCUUACUUUGCAGAAAGGAACAGAAGAUACCUUUGCAAAGCCCCUUAAGCUUUUGUAUUGUAUUGUUUUCCUCAGAUGUCUAUUAAAUGUCUUCUAUUGAAAAAAUAAUAGGAAAAUACAAUUUUAGGGUGAGACACAAAGUGAUGUGGUAACGUCUGUUAAAUACUAGAAAACUUCAAAUUAUUAGUUCAGUUUUAGGUGUUCUAUUAGAGCCGGGUACAAGUGAGUUUUAAACUCCCAGUAGCCUCAAAAAACACUUUUUUGAGGGGUGGAAGAGAGUAUAUUUGUCGGGUGUUUUUAGUGUCAGUCAGCCUCCAUAUUAAUUGUUCUCAUUUUAUUCAGAAAAAAUGCAACAAAAUUUGCUGAUCAGGCAUACUGCAAGUGUGGGUUUGCUAUUAAAGUAAGAAAGAAAACUCUGAGGAUAAGCCUACAUGGGCCAGUACUUUGUUUAAAUACUGAUGAAACUGGUAUUUGGCUUUUUCUGCUAUGCUGUGUUAAAAUUUUGCCUUAAACAGCAAGCUUUUAACUCUUUACUAGCUGAUGCACAUGUGUCGCUAUGCAAUUGAGCAAAAGUUUGUUAAAUACAAGUGUCUCUGAAGGUUUUUUGCUGGUUCUUGUUUUUUUUUUAAAUUUGCAUUUACUUUCUGCCAGAGUUUAACAAAAUUUAGAAAAAAAAGUUAGUAAUGUUCUGUUAGAUUCCACAUGUCAAGGCUGGCAAGGUAGUCUAUGGAGAAUGUAUGGGAGGUGUUUUAAGAAAUGAACUUUCACAUGUGACAAGAGUAUAACAUGUUUUAGCCACAGACUUCCCUGUGAUUAAUGAACUCAGAACCCCACUGAUAACAACUGCAUAUAGGUUACAUCAGUUUAGUGCUUAAACUUGGGGAGAAGGCUGGCACUUUAGCACAGAAGUACCCUGUUUCCCCGAAAAUAAGACAGGGUCUUAGAUUAAUUUUUGCUUCAAAAGAUGCUUACUUUUUUACAUGCGUAGCUGCCUGGACACUAUUUAAAUUGACUUUUUAAUGAACUGUAACUAGGGCUUAUUUUUGGAGUAGGGCUUAUAUUUCGAGCAUCCUGAAAAAUCAUGCUAGGGCUUAUUUUCAGGGUAGGUCUUAUUUCUGGGGAAACAGGGUAGCACUUCCACUGAUCUUCUUCUGAAGAACAAGAGAUUGAGAUGUGCCUGAAUGUAACUUGCAACACUACAGUGUCAGCGUUGAGUUUGUGCCUUGUAAGUUUGCACUGGCUGUAGAUAGAAAACAUCAUUAGGAAACCUAGAAUACUUCAUGUUCCAUUAUCGUUGUACAACUCUAUCCUGCAUAUGCUUUGUUUAACUUGCAUUAAAAGAAAUUUGCACAUUUUGUGUGUGUAUGUUAUAUGUACAUAUGCACAUAUAUAAUCAUCCUUUAAUGGGGUUCAGUUUCCUUUAUGUACAUAUUUCGUGUACUUUAUAAAUCAUAGGAUGGGUGAAAUUUGCUGUACUUAAAUGAAGUAAAAUGUUAUAGUACAACAUCA